AUGCCGGGCGCUUCGCCGAGACUGUCGCCGACAGUGUCGCCGAGACUGUCGCCACGACUGUCGCUGGCGGCGUUGGAUUCCAUCGUUUUGGGGGACGAACUGUGGCGGAGCAUAGAGAGGCUCGACGGGCGCACCGACGACGAAGAGGGAUGCGACGACGAGGGGCGCGGCGCGCAGGAGGGUUGCGGCGCGCAGGAGGGCAUCGGCCCGCUCCCCUCCGCCGUCGGCCCGCUACACGAGCGCGGAAGCACUCUCUCCGCCUCUACCCCUCCUGAUGCCGCGCAGAUGCCUGCCGACGGCAUUGAGCCCAUUGGUGCGGCGACGAGGCACGUGCGCGGGGCGUCGCAUACCGUGGGCGCAGCUCCGCCGCUCCUCCGCGCGCGGGCGGCUGACGGCCACGGCCGCCGCGCCUGCGCACUUCUCGCGCUGCCUACCGCGUCUUCGCGCAUCCCACCUCCGCCAGGCGCGCUGAAACGGCGCGCGGACGAACUGGGAAGGAGCGAGGGCGCGCGGAAUAGCCUCGUCGUAACGCCGCCUGCCUAUAGAAGCAGCGGGGGCGCUGGCGCGACUCGCACUCCGGCAACGUAUCGCAUCGCUGGUGGUGGUGCUGAUUGGCGGGACCCCGCCGCGCACAGAGGAGGCGGGAGAGUGCGGCCUGGACCGCCCUCGCCCCUCCUCCUCCCACCCCUCGCUCUUCCGUCCUCUCCCCCAGCCCUCACAGCCCCUUCCCCCAGCUUUUCAGCACUCACGCUCCCUUCCCCCCUCGCACUCCCCACGCCAUCCACGCCCUUUUCUUCUGACCGCACGCCCCGGACUGCCACUGCACCCGUCCGUCACCGCUCACCUGCGCACCCCCCUGCCAACCCCUCACGCGCACGCUGCCCUGCCACCGCCGCGUUGCCCCCUUGGCGCACUCAAGGGGCUGAGAGGCCCGAUGGCGGAGCUCUGGGGGGAACGGCCGUGGAGGGAGGAGUGACCGUUGGGGUAGGGGCGGCUGUGGGCGCAGGAGCAGCAGUGGCAGGGAGAGCAGCAGUGGGCAUCAGGAAAAUCGUGGGCGCGCACACAGUGGCAUUGGGAUUGCGCGGAGGGGGCAAGGCAGAUGCUGCACCACCUAUGGAGAUAACGGCAGGGGCAGCAGCAGCGGUGGUGGUGACACCUGCAGCAUCGGCAGCAUUGGUGGGUGCAACAAGCACAAGAACAGCUCCAGAUGCCACAGCAAUUGCAGCGGAAGGAGAGAUAGCAACGGAAAGAGACACAGCAGCAGCAGCAGCAGCAGCAGCAACAGCAACACCCGAGGCAAGAGCAGAGUCAGCAGAACCUGCCAAGGCGGCAGGCGGGGUAGGCAGCGCUGCAGGAGAGGGGCAGGCGGGGGGUAAGCGGCGGAAGGUGGGGGGUGGGGCGCGCGUGUGCAUGUCAGCGGAAGCAGCGGCAGCACUGGAGGAGUACCGGGAGAAGGCAGCACAGCGGCAGCGGCGAGGCACUGCCAUGGACGCGCAGAGCGUGGCUGCGCGGCGGAGGAGAGCCAACAUCAGCAGCAGAAUGGGCGUGCUCAAGUCACUGGUGCCGGGCAGUGCACGGCUGGACACGGCAUCACUGCUGGAGCGGGCAGCAGCCUACAUCGCCUUCCCUAACCCCUGUCUCACAUUCCCUGCCAUUCCCCCCCCUCCUCUCCCACCCGUCCCCUCCAAUGUGUCCCACCAGUCACUGGUACCGGGCAGUGCACGGCUGGACACGGCAUCACUGCUGGAACGAGCAGCAGCCUACAUCGCCUUCCUGCAUGACCACUCCCUUGCUGCAGGCGCCGGGCACGCUGACAUGCUGCAAGCACGCUUCACUCAUGGGCUGGGUGCGGUGGAUGAGGGUGUGGAGGGUGGUGGUGGCAGUGACGGCUGUGCUGAUGCUGCUGGGGUUGGUGCUGCUGGGGGUGCUGCUGGGGGAGGUGCUGGUGCUGGUUGUGGGGGCGAUGCGGGUGCAAGUGCAGAUGACAUGGAGUGCAUGGACAGUUGA